AUGACGAUUCCCGAAUCUAAACAUAACGUAGUCGAAGAUGAAGAUCAAUUAGAAAAAUUAAUGAAACGAACUGGAUGUUUAGAAUUACAUUAUAAAAUUCAGGAAUGCAUUGCCGAAAAACAAGAUUGGAGAAAAUGUCAAACUGAAGUACACGAUUUUAAAAAAUGCAUGGAUGAAUAUAAAUCAAGAGGUGGACCUAAAAAUUAA